AUGUUUGUUAAGCUUCAGCAUUUAGAUACAAAUUGUAUUCCAGUUCUCCAUCCAGUCAAGACCUCAAAUUCCAACAUCAAUGGCGGAGUUUCACUUCCACUUCCUUGCCACCGUACUGAAAGAGAAUUUGAACAACUCAUCAAGAAACACAAAAUUCCACCUCAAAAACAAUUAGAUUUUGACAAAAGAACUGUUUUUCGUAAACCAAAGUCGAACCCAGAUGGUUUAGUUCAAAACCCAGAGAGAAAAAAGGGUACAAUUGAGAAGGAUAAGGUCGUCAAGAGAAGAGUAUGGUCAAGAAGGGAUACGCUAGAGAAGGAGAAGUUGCAGAACAAGUGUACGACGGAAUUGGUGAAUGGGAAUGAGGCGGUGAAAAAAGUGCACACCAAGUGUUCGACGAAAGUCGUGCCUGAGAAUGGGGUGGUGAAGAAAGAGCACACCAAGUGUUCGGCGAAAUGGGCAAGGUACGGAGGGUGUAUUCCUGCUAUGUUAGACACUCUAGAAAGAGUUACCAAUUUGGACGAAGCCUUUAAGCCAUGGGAACUGAGUUUGAGUAACAAAGAAAGAACCAUAAUCUUAAAGGAGCAAAAAUCUUGGCAAAGAGCCAUGGAGAUUUUCAACUGGUUCAAGAAGAAAGGAUGCUACGAGUUGAAUGUAAUCCAUUACAACAUAAUGAUCAGAAUCCUCGGCAAAGCUCAAAGAUGGGAAGAACUCGAAAUCUUGCUGAACGAAAUGGAGAAAAACAGAAUCGAACCCAUCAAUUCAACAUACGGAACUUUAAUGGAUGUUUACAGUAAAGGUGGGUUUCGAGAAAAAGCAAUGCACUUCUUAGAUAUAAUGAACAAGAAAAAAAUAGAAUCCGAUGAAGUCACCAUGGGAAUCGUUCUUCAAAUGUACAAAACCUCUGGACAAUUUGAAAAAGCGAUAGAAUUCUUCAAAAAAUGGUCAAUCGGGAAAACUGUUUCUUUAAGCUCGUAUACAUACAACACUUUGAUCGAUAUAUAUGGGAAAGCUGGAAGACUUCAAGAUGCAUCCCAGACGUUCGAUGAAAUGCUCAAAAGAGGUAUUGUCCAAAAUACUAUAACCUUUAAUUCAAUGAUUCAUAUGUUUGGUGACCAUGGCCAAUUAGAUAAAGUUGAAUCAUUGAUUCAAAAAAUGGAACAAUUUCAAUGCCUACCCGAUACUAGAACUUAUAAUAUCCUUAUUUCAAUGCAUACAAAGCAUGAUAACAUCGUUGUAGCAACCAAGUAUUUCAAAAAGAUGAAAGAUUCAUCUCUUUUGCCCGAUAUUGUGAGUUAUCGUACCCUUUUAUAUGCUUAUUCCAUAAGACAAAUGGUCGAUGAAGCCGAAAAACUCAUGAGGGAAAUGGAUGAAAGAGGUCUUGAAAUCGAUGAAUACACACAAUCUUCGAUUACUAGAAUGUAUAUAGAGGCGGGGAUGCUUAAAAAGGCAUGGUUAUGGUUCAAACGGUUUCAUAUUUCGGGGAAAAUGACUCCGGAUUGUUACUCGGCAAUUAUCGAUGCUUUCGGAUCACGUGGCCAUGUUCCGGAAGCCGAGGAAGUUUUCAAAUGUUGUCAAGAACAAAGAAACCCUAAAGUUCUCGAGUAUAAUGUUAUGAUUAAAACAUACGGUGUUAACAAAAGAUAUGAUGAUGUUUAUCGGUUAAUCGAUCGUAUGGAGGAGCACGGUGUGACACCGGAUAUAUGCAGUUAUAAUUCGGUUAUCCAAAUGUUGGCGGCCGAUGACCGUCCGGAAACCGCCGCUUUUUAUUUAAGAAAAAUGCGCGAUUCCGGAUUCGUAACCGACUGCGUACCGUAUUGCGCGGUGAUCUCGGGAUUUGUGAAAUUAGGCGAAGUGGGGCCCGCUAUCGAAGUAUAUAAUGAAAUGAUUCGAUCGGGAAUCGAACCGGAUGUUGUCGUGUACGGUGUUUUGAUAAACGCGUACGCGGAUAUCGGAAACGUCGAGGAGGCGUUACGGUACGUGAGCGCGAUGGAAAAACGUGGUUUGCAGAUGAAUUCGGUUAUUUGUAAUUCUUUGAUUAAACUCUAUACGAAAGUCGGGUGUAUAAGGGAAGCAGAAGAAGCGUAUUUCACGCUUCUUUUGCUUUCCUCGGAUUUAGAUGUUUAUACAUCGAAUUGUAUGAUCGAUUUGUACACGGAACGGUCGAUGGUGAAACCGGCGGAGGAAAUUUUCGAGAAGUUACGAAAAAACGGGAACGCGAAUGAGUUUUCGUACGCGAUGAUGUUGUGUAUGUAUAAGAAGAUCGCGAAUUUUGAAGAGGCGUUUGAGAUUGCUAAAAAGAUGAGGGAAUUAGGGUUUUUGAAUGAUUUGUUGAGUUAUAAUCAUGUUCUUGGAUUGUAUGCUUUGGAUGGUAGGUUUAAGGAAGCGGUGAUGAUUUUUAAGGAGAUGAUUGAAUCGGGUGUUGAUCCGAAUGAUUCGAGUUUUAAAUAUCUUGGAGUUGUUCUUAUGAAACGUGGGGUCCCGAAAAAUGCGAUUUUGAAGCUUGAAAGUAUGCGAAAAGAUGAUUAUCAAAGUGGUUUGGAAGCGUGGCGGGGGACUCUUGAUUUGGUUUUUGGUAUGGUUUAUCGUGAUAUUAGUGAUUAA